UCGAGGUUGCCAACAAUCCAGGAAAUGUCAGCCAUGGACCUGCUGUACCUUUACGAGUGUAUUGAUAUCAAGAGUAUUUUGAUAUUUUCUUGUGUGUUUUUAUUACUGAGUGAUUAUAUCAGAAAUAAAGUGCCGAAAAACUUUCCUCCUGGACCUUGGUCUUUGCCAAUUAUUGGAGACCUUCAUCAUAUCGAUCACACAAAGCUUCAUCUACAGCUGUCAAAGUUUGCAGAAAAAUAUGGCAAAAUUUUCAGCAUUCGAAUUUUCGGACCAAGAAUUGUUGUGUUGGAUGGGUACAAACUUGUAAAGGAGGUUUAUAUACAACAAGGAGAAAACCUCGCUGGCCGACCUAGCGUACCUUUGUUUUCUGACAUCGCUGGAGACAAAGGUUUAGUUGCCUCCAAUGGAUAUAAAUGGAAGCAACAGAGGCGAUUUGCUCUCACAACACUUCGGAACUUUGGAUUGGGAAAGCAAAGCCUAGAGCCCUCCAUCCAUCUUGAAUGUCACUGUCUAACUGAAGCCAUUUCAAAUGAACAAGGUAGACGAUUUGACCCUCGCAUCUUGCUGAACAAUGCUGUCUCAAAUGUGAUUUGUGUCCUUGUAUUUGGUGAACGGUUUGAGUACAGUGACAAUCAUUUCCAGUCCCUGUUGAAGAACAUCAAUGAGGCUGUGUAUCUGGAGGGAGGCAUCUGGGCUCAACUUUAUAACAUGUUCCCAUCAAUCAUGCGGCGAGUGCCUGGACCACACUAUAAAAUAUUUGCUCUGUUGAAGAAGGUGAUUGAUUUUGUUCGGGAAAAGGUGAAUACACACAGAGUGAACUAUGACCCAUCAAAUCCUCGAGACUACAUUGACUGCUUCCUUGGUGAGAUGGAAAAGUAUAAAGAGGACACAGCUUCUGGGUUUGAUGUGGAGAAUUUGUGCUUCUGUGCGCUGGAUCUGUUUGGGGCGGGAACUGAGACCACCUCCACCACUCUAUACUGGGGUCUGCUUUACAUGAUCAAAUAUCCUGAGAUACAGGCCAAAGUUCAGGAAGAGAUUGAUCAUGUUGUGGGGUCAUCACGGCAGCCAUCUUUACUAGACAAAGACAGUAUGCCAUACACCAAUGCUGUUAUUCAUGAAAUCCAAAGAUUUGGAAAUAUUUUGCCAUUAAAUUUGGUCCGGGUUGCUGUGGAAAGUACCCAGAUAGGAAAAUACUCCAUUCCAAAGGGCACAAUAGUGAUUGGCAAUUUGACAUCAGUGCUGUUCGAUGAAUCAGAGUGGGAGACACCUCACUCUUUUAACCCUGGUCACUUCCUGGAUGCUGAAGGCAACUUCAGGAGGAGAGAUGCCUUUUUGCCUUUUUCUACAGGAAAGAGGGUGUGUCUUGGGGAGCAGCUGGCACGGAUGGAGUUGUUCCUCUUUUUCUCCUGUCUGCUGCAGCGCUUCACUUUAUCUUCACCAGCAGGAGUGGAACCCAGCUUGGAUUUUAAAUUGGGGGCCACCCUCAGUCCACAGCCAUACGAAUUAUGUGCAGUGCCUCGCUAAGACAAGCAAUACACACAAAUGUCCAUUUGUUGCUUGUUGUUCAUAUUAUGAUUCAUUUGUACAGAUAAUUCAGUCAUUGAAAUAUUGGAAGUGUACAAAACUCAUUCUGUCAACAUUAAGUUACCCCAUUAAGUUUCUUUAGAAUCACAACUCAGAAGAAAGGCAGACAUGAGUCCCAAUUUCCCCAAAUCCUUCUACUACAUGUUGAAAGUAUGCACUGUGCUCUUGAUGGAAAUGUACACAUUUUUAUGUUUUAUGCCUUAAAUGAACAUUUGUUUUCCCAAGAAACUUGCAAAAAAGCUAGGUAAAGAACAGUAAUAAAGGGGUAAAUAAAAGUUUAAAUCCACGAGAGCUGGCAUUUAGUUGAUGACCAUGAUCAUCUUCCAAUAAGACGAUGACCUGAAUUAUCAAGCAGAAAGCCACACUGUAAUGGUGAAAACGAGUAAGGUUAAUGUUAUGGGGUGACCCUUUGUAAUUGUAAUUUGACUUAUAACAAAAAUUCUUGUUCAACACAUUAUUUUGUGCUGUAACAACAAUAUGUAUUAA